GCUUUCUUCAGCCUUACAUCGAUCAAAUAUCGUCUCUCUCUAUCGAUUUCUUCUUCGACAUCCACACACUAUUCACAGAGCUCACAGCAAUUCAGGAGCUGACUGUAAAGGGGUACAGUUGCAUUCGUCCUGUGCAGCCUGUUGCACAAUUUAUGUCGCAACUGCCGCCCACUAUGCACAGUCUCAAGGUAACAGGGUCGCCGUUCCAUGUCGCGGACUUUCCUGCUUUCAAUCCCGUAUUGGCCCGUCUGACGAACGUCGAGGUCACUAUCCAUGAGCUUAAUGUUAUCUGCUACUUGCUCUGUGUCCCAACCUCUCACACCAGACUUCAAUCCUUACGCAUCGUUUAUGACUCAAUGGACACAAAUCAUGUACCUGAUCUAUUCAAUGCUCUACCACUCCCCGAACUACGCUUGCUUGAAAUUCGCUAUGAUGUAACACUCCCCGAUUUACGCUUGCUUGAAGUUCGCCGUGCAGUGACAUGGCCUCAUAAGGCAUUCUUGCCACGGUCAAACUGUCCCCUGGAGAGCCUUACUUUCGGUGCCUCGGAGAUGACGACAGAUGAACAGCGAGCGGAAUACGUUGCCCUUAUUCCUUCCCUCGAAAUAGUAGUAGAUCCCACAAAGAUCCCAUGGUUCAUGAUUGCUUUGCUUUAACAGACUUG